GGAGAGAGGCCUUGUAGGUACAGACGCUGAGGCUCGGUCGGCUCCGAGGAGGGGCUCUUUCCCGGGUGGGAGUCCGGGGUUCCGCGCCCGCCAACCCGCGCCUUGCCCUCUCCCAGCUCCCGGGCCGACGAAAUGACCAUUAAGAAGUAGAUGCCCAGAUGCCAAAGUAAUGAAACAGUCAAUUUGUCAUAAAGUAAGAUGCAGCUGUGGCUUUUCAACCAGAUUAGGACAAAAUUGUAUCUAUUUUUCUCAGAAGAGAAUUCCACAAGCAGAAUCAUGUUCUGUGAAUUUCCAUCACUGAAUCUAACACAGAGUAAGAACAGUACAAAUGCAAGAUUCUAAAUUUGGGAUGCAGAAAGACAAUUUCAUCUAUGGUUAAGUCAGCAAACAAAGAAAACAUGGUGUUUUGAAGUAUGAUUAAACUCCUGAUGCUGCAGCAGAGGCUAAGAAUAUUAAUGGCCAGAUCUAGUGCUCACAUGGUCUUCUGAAGAAGCCAUGGGUAGCUGUUGUAGCUGUCCAGAUAAAGACACUGUCCCAGAUAACCAUCGGAACAAGUUUAAGGUCAUUAAUGUGGAUGAUGAUGGGAAUGAGUUAGGUUCUGGCAUAAUGGAACUUACAGACACGGAACUGAUUUUAUACACUCGCAAACGUGACUCGGUAAAAUGGCACUACCUCUGCCUCCGACGCUAUGGCUAUGAUUCAAAUCUCUUUUCUUUUGAAAGUGGUCGAAGAUGUCAAACUGGACAAGGAAUCUUUGCCUUUAAGUGUGCUCGUGCAGAAGAAUUAUUUAAUAUGUUGCAAGAGAUUAUGCAGAAUAAUAGUAUAAAUGUAGUGGAGGAGCCAGUUGUUGAAAGGAAUAAUCAUCAGACAGAAUUGGAAGUCCCCAGAACACCUCGAACACCUACAACUCCAGGGUUUGCUGCUCAGAACUUACCUAAUGGAUAUCCCCGAUACCCCUCAUUUGGAGACGCUUCAUCCCAUCCUUCAAGCAGACAUCCUUCUGUGGGAAGUGCACGCCUGCCUUCAGUAGGUGAAGAGUCUACACAUCCCUUGCUUGUGGCUGAGGAACAAGUACAUACCUAUGUCAACACUACAGGUGUACAAGAAGAACGGAAAAACCGCGCAAGCGUGCAUGUCCCAUUGGAGGCGAGGGUUUCUAAUGCUGAAAGCAACACACCAAAAGAAGAACCAAGUAAUAUUGAGGACAGGGACCCUCAGAUUCUUCUUGAACCUGAAGGAGUCAAGUUUGUCUUAGGACCAACCCCAGUUCAAAAGCAAUUAAUGGAAAAAGAGAAACUGGAACAACUUGGAAGAGAUCAAGUCAGCGGAAGUGGCGCGAAUACCACGGAGUGGGACACUGGCUAUGACAGUGAUGAACGAAGAGAUGCGCCCUCUGUUAACAAACUGGUGUAUGAAAAUCUAAAUGGGCUCUCUCUCCCCAGCGCCUCAGGGCUCAGGAGAGGUCGUCUGCCGUCCACCGGUACCUCAGAUACCCAGAAUCUCAACAACUCAGCUCAGAGAAGAACUGCAUUGUUAAACUACGAAAAUCUACCAUCUUUGCCUCCUGUUUGGGAAGCCCGCAAGCUAAGUAGGGAUGAAGAUGACAAUUUAGGACCAAAGACCCCAUCUCUAAAUGGCUACCAUAAUAAUCUUGAUCCAAUGCAUAACUAUGUAAAUACAGAGAAUGUAACAGUGCCGGCAAGUGCUCACAAAAUAGAAUAUUCAAGGCGUCGGGACUGUACACCGACAGUCUUUAACUUUGAUAUCAGACGCCCAAGUUUAGAACACAGGCAGCUCAAUUACAUACAGGUUGACUUGGAAGGUGGCAGUGACUCUGACAACCCUCAGACUCCAAAAACGCCUACCACUCCCCUUCCACAGACCCCUACCAGACGCACAGAGCUGUAUGCUGUGAUAGACAUCGAGAGAACUGCUGCUAUGUCAAAUCUGCAGAAAGCACUGCCACGAGACGAUGGUACAUCUAGGAAAACUAGACACAAUAGUACUGAUCUGCCCAUGUGAGCCCGGAAACCAUUACAUUGUUUGCACCUUUGUGAAGUUUUAAAAAAUGAAGAUGCAAGUGCUUCAUUUUUAUUUCUAAACACUAACUCCUUUUAUAGACUGAUAAAAAAAUUUUUUUCUGACUAUUUCAUGUGCUUCUUUAAAGGGAAAUUAAAAUGUAGAGCAGGUACUCAUAAAAGAACACUAAUUUCAUUCUAUACUACUCUUUACUGUACAGCAGCAUUCCCAUUUUCACAGUGCCUAUUUAAAAUGAGAAUUGAAGUGAGUGACAUGCUGGUCAAUUUUUAUUAAGAUUCUGGACUCAUGCAUAUCAUUCAUGUCUAAGUCAUGGUUGGCAUUUAAAGCAUAUUAUAAAGCCUCUUGAUAAUGUGCAUUGCUAACAGAUAACUCUAGGCUUUGAAAGUACUAUUUGUAGAUUUACUAUUCAUGGUAUGUGACCUCCAGCAUGUAACAUGAGGAAUCCUUUAUUUCAUUAAUUGUAGGCUUUUUGACUUGAGCCAGGACAUAUGUAUGGAAAUAGAAGUACCACACCUCCUAUGUACCAGUCAGUUCCCUAGCCUUCAUCGUUUCUAGAAAGAGCCCUACGUUCAUGAACAUGGUUUGCUGUUGGUGUGUUGAAAGGCAGGAAAUAGACGAGGUUUUCUGUUUACUCAUCUCAUGGUGUCAUUUGUAAGGCAUGCCCAGAUAUCUUAGUCAGAAUUACACAUAGGCUCAAGAAUCAGUCUCAGGUCACUUUAUCCAAAAACAUUUGAAAAUCUGAACCAUGAUCUCUUGAAAGUUUCUCUCCUACAGAUUAUUAACAGUAACAUUGUUUUCUGGAGGCAUUUGUGCCAUUAGAUUGCCAUUUACCUUCAAGUUUUUCCUUUGGUGUUUGGGAUGUCUAAUUUUGUUGCUUCAUGUCUUUUUCAAUUUAGGAUGUUUGAGUUUGUAUAUAGUUUUGAAACAUUGGAUUAUGUGUUCAUUGUUGUUUAGUUUGCAUUUUUGUCAAAUUGUGGUUUUGAAGGUUCAUUUGGAACUUACUGUUAUUCUAUAACAGGGUUGCCCUUGUCCAGUAUUUAUUUAUAUGCCGUUUACUUUUCAAGUUGAUAAAAGCAUUCUCACAAUCUUAAAUUUCACUUGUGUUCAUAGGUGAUCUCUUAAGCAGCUGAGAAGAAAACAAAAAGGAAGCUACUUUUAACAUGCAAAUUUCCCUAAAGGUACUGUGUUUUCUCUGUGGGCACUCUCCCAGCACUUUAGCAGUGAUCCCCUCAGUCACACGGCUGCAGUUGUACUUUGCCCACUGUCGUGCUCCUCAGCUCUGCUGUCCUUUCAUUCAUAGCUGGAUCGUGGGUUAUCCCUUGAUUUCAAUAGAAUGUUGAAGUUGUUGCCAGCAUAGCAGGUACAGUGGAAGUCUUAUAGCAAUGACAUUGUGUCAGAAUUUAGGAUUGAAAAUGAAUUGAUGUUUAUAUAAAUGGAUGAGGUCCAUAUGUCUAGCUCUUGGAAAAUCAAGAAUUUUCCAGUUUCCCAAAUCCUAGAGAAGACAAGAGCAGGUAGAGUGGAAAGAAGGUUAGAUAACCUUGCAAAAUAUGUCACUGUCUCCUCUAAAUAUGAGGAAGUUUGAGAUUUUGGUCUGGAUCUACCAGAUGUAACUAAGGUUAAUUUAGCAUGAAAAACUUUCAGUCAUAUAGCAUCCAAUCUGUUCCAUAAAUGACCUAAUUAUAGGACAGUGAAUGAAUUAGCAAAAUAAUAGCGCGGGACCAUUAUAAAGAAAAUAAAUUAUUAAAGAUGUCUUUAUCAUUUUUAAUGCCACUGGUUUAUGUGCAUAGCAGAAUUUUCUUUCUUUUCUGUGAAUUUGGUGCUUACCAAAGUGUUCACUGUUCUCUAAAAAGAGAGCAGUGGUAUAGGUAUGCAGUUUCCAUUUUAAUGUAUUGUUCCAUUUAUGCUUUAUUCUGAGUAGGUUGCUAAUUGUGCCAAAUUUAUGUGAUGAUUUUUGUAAUGUGGAAUAAGAGUUAUGAUGGAACCAGUGCACAUGGUUUUCUCCGAAACAAGCAGUCAAGACAGAACGUUAACCUCCAAACAAAAGGGCUGACCUAUUUACUCAUUUUGGAGGUUGGGUACUUUCUUUUCUUACUUUUCAUCAGCCUUUUCAUUUUUCCUUCCAGAUUCUGAUUAGUUUUUAUAUUUUUUAAGCAACUAUAAUAUAACCAUUGCAGUUUAUUCUUUCAAUACUGUGUGCUUUAAAAAUGAAAAUGGGACCAAGUUGUCUGCUAAGAAUUUGAUUUUUAGGUACUACGAGUAUUAGGGAAGAUGUAUACAACUGGUAUUAAUUUCUAGAUGUCUCUGGAAAUCACCUGUGUUCCUAUUUAAUUAAAAAUAAUGUAGAACACUAUUUGUCCUCUGCAGUAGUCUAGUAAUGGGCAUUAAGCUCUGUCCUGGAAGAAUUGUACCAAUUACUAGGUGCAUUUUAGAAUGAGAUAUUUUAUUGGGAUAUAAUUGUGGCCAUAUGUUUCAGAUUUUCUGAGACAGACCUAAUUUUACAUAUUCUGUUCUGUUGAUAGAUCAUGUGAUCCCACUUUUUGGUUUUGGAAAUAUAGUCAUUGAUCAUACGCUUUCCCCCAAUAGAAUCCUGUUUUAUCCAUAUAGAUCAUAACAGCUUUUAUCCCAGACCAGGGCUGGAAACUAAUAUGGGUAUUACAUGUGUUUUUUCUUAGUGUGUUUUAUUUCCCAGGUUCAUCUUCCUUUCAAAAUGAAAAUAUGGUGCCUUCCCUCCCUCCAGGAAGAUUGGCAAAUAGUUCCUUUUAUUUACUGCUGCUGUGGAGUGAUGAGAUAUGCACUUUACUUUUGAAGACUCAGCAAAAAGCUUUUCACUUCUCAGUAUAUCCAGAACAGAUCACAUUUUGGACUUAAGAAAAUUUGCCAAGCAGUCUUUGUUUUUACAGAUAUUAAUGUUGACCCCACAGUUCAGUGUUGUGAGUCAAGCUAGUGUUUGUGUAUCCCCCCCCCCAAAAAAAAAUCUGUGGCGCAAAGUAUAAAAAUGUACCUCAAUAAUGUUCUAUUAAAAAUGGGACAGGGGCCUUAUGUUUUCAUAAUUUCCCAAUAAUGUGCCACCAUAUUUUUGCCUCAAGGUAAAGGUUUUAACAAGCUAAAAAAUACAUCCCAUUUCCCCUAACCUAUAAUGUCCAAGUGUUUUGUGCAAUGUGUAGUGUGUGUGUAUAAAUAUAUAUAUGUAUAUUUGUAUAUACAUAUAUAUAUAUAUAUAUAUAUCCUUGAAAUAGACAUACCAUCAGAGACAACAUUCAGAAGUAACUGAUGUAUUGGCAUCUCUUUCUAAUCUCUGAUAUGUGAGGUAUAUGGUACUAAAUUACCUUUUCCCUGUUUGCCAAAUUUGAAUAAAGGCAUUGGUACAAAAUCACAGAAUGUAUAGAAAAUGUUUUUUGGCUUGAAAAAUUAACAAAUAUUUUAUGACAUACCACAAUAUACUCUGCCCAAACCAGCACCCUAUCUUUCCUGUUCUUUACGUCCCUUUUCCCCAUCCCUACAUCCUCUUUUUUUUCUUUUUUGGUGUAACACAAUUCUUUUGUAGCAUCAUUACAAUUGCAGUUCUAUGACAAUUGGACAAUAAUAGCAUGGAAACGGACUGGUAUUAAUAGUACAGUAGUCACCAGUGUGCCACAUUUGCAUUGGUAAAUGCAAAAUACACAUUUUAUAAAGGACAAAUUUUGUGUUAUGUUUUUAUUUUCAUUACAUUGUAUAAUAUUGUAAGAUUAUGUAUGUCCUAAUUUGCAUUAUAAAUGUUUUUUUCCUACGUAAAGGCAUAAAUAUAGCAACUUUGUAUAAAGGUAGCUUAUUAGAUUUUUAAUUUUGUCUUUUAUAAAAAAUUGUCUAACAGUGGGACUAAAUUGUCUAACAUUGCCAAAUUGUAUAUGAAAUAUGAAUUUUACCCCCUAUAGUUAAUUUCGUUUAUAAGCAUUCCAUAUUUCUCUAAUAAAAGACAUAAGUGAUACUGUACUAUGCAUAAAUUGUAUUUUAAUGCUGUUUCAUAUCAGCAUUUUAAAUUUUGGUUUGCAUUUUUAAUAUUGGCAAAAUUUACCACUGUUGAUUAAACCUUGUUGUAUAUGUAACAACAUCUUUUGCCCUCUAGCCCUCCCCACCCUGUUCUCUAUUUCCCCCUGUCAGUGCCAACUUCAUACGUUUUGUAGCAUGGCAAUAAAAUAUAACUUUUACACUGAGGCCAAGUGUGGCUUUUUGGAGGAUGUGGACAUGGGAGGAUUACCCUCUAGUUAUUCUUUGCAUAUGACUUUUUGCCGUAUAAGCCAUGUUUCCAGGCAUGAGUAAGUUAUCUCGUAUAUGAUGUGAACGUGCUUUUAAGGACAAGUGUGAAUGUGCUUUUAAGCUUAAUUUUUGUCCUAACAAAUAACUAGUUUUUUAUUUUUGGAAAAGUCAGAGUUCUUGAAGUACAAUCAAACCUUUAUUAACUGGAGUACUUAAAGAAUAAGCUAAUAAUUGAAUUUAGUUCAACAAGGGCUAAGCAACACUUUUUAAACAUCCUUAUUUAUUGUAGAGUAUUAGUAUACCAUCCUAAAAAUUAUAUAUAAAAUAUGUUUUAAUUUUAGAUGAUUUAGCUUCUUGCAAUGACUUACUGUUGUCAUUCUGGCAUAAAUCUCCAUGACGAGGUACUCAAGUUGAUACUGGAAGCUGAGCUGACUAUACACUAACCUUAACAUUCGUGAAAAACUGCUUUGUUGAAUAAAAUCUGAUCGGAGUUCUUAUGGUUACUUUCCCCCUUAUUGCCUAAAGUAGAUUGCAA